GUGUCAUAAAAUUCAUUAUAUUGCUAUUUUAUGGAAAUCUAAUAUUUAAUUUCGAUUUGGCUUUUUCACUUGAUGGAGAUAAAAACUCGACGUUCUACGUUACGUAUGAUGAACAUAUAAUCGAUCUUAAGUCUAAUCACUCUUUACCUAAAGUAGUGCCAACAGAAUACUCUGUUGAGCUAACAUUAGAUACAGAAAGAAAUAUUUUUUAUGGGAUAUGUAAUAUUAGCAUUACAGUUCAUAAAAUAAUACAAGAAAUAAAAUUGCAUUCAAUGAAUUUAAAUAUAGAAUCAAUUCAACUGCUUACCAUUGAUGAUUAUUCAAAAAUAUAUGUGAUACGUGAUGCUUCAUAUAAUCUUCUAAGAACUAUGAAGAAACUAUAUAUAUUUUUCCAUAAUUAUAUAUUAUUACCUAGUGAUUAUAUUUUAUACAUAACAUUUAAAGGUGACAUUGCUAAUAUCGACAAUGACAUCGGAGGCUUUGUCAAAAUCCCAUAUCAAAAUGAAGAAGGAGAUAAAAAAUGGUUUAUCACAACACAUAACUCGGCGACUGGAAUACGACGCCUAUUUCCAUGUUGGGAUAAGCCAGGACAAAAGGCUAAUUUUAGCAUUACCAUAAAGCAUAAAAAAAAUUACAAAGCUUUUUCUAAUAUGGCUUAUUCUCCUACAUCUACAUUAAAUGAACACAUGGAUAUAAUCGAGUCACACUUUGAGACAACUUUUGAAAUAGCCCCUUACCUCAUAACAAUUAUCUUAUUCGAUAUGAACGACUAUUUCUUUAUUUGUUCUCCAGACAGCCAAUUCAAAUUGUUGAGUAGGAGACAGGUGAUAACAGAUCAAACUUUUGCAUUUAAUUUAAUUAACAAUAUUACAUAUAGCAUUGAGAAGCAAUCGCAACUACAACAAGGAUCUUUAUCAGGAAUUCACUUUGCGAUCCCAGGUUUGAAAAGUGAUGGUGUGGAUAAAUUCGAUGUUGUAAUUCACAGAGAAGAAGAUAUCAUUUAUAAUAAAAAGAUAGAUCCCGUUGCGCAUAAAAUGGAAAUAUCGCGUUUAAUAGGACGUAAAAUAGUUAGUAAAUUCUUCAGUAAGAUCAAUCCAUCAAGUUGGGCUUACAUGUGGAUAAACAACGGUCUUGCUAUGCUAUUUGGAAUGUAUAUGCUCAAUAAGACUCUUCCAAAUGCUCGACCGUUAGAUUUGUUUGUGGUUCAAAUUCAACAAGAAUCUCUCCGUUUUGACGAUCAACAUAUUAUAUCUUCUCUUCAAGAAAUAACAAGAAAUGACAUAAGUUAUGUCCAAUUCUCUUUUGCCUAUUACAUGAAAGCACCUUGUAUAUUGCGUAUGCUACAGCAUGUAUUAGGCGAACAAAUUUUUCAAGAGAGUAUUUUUGAAUACUUGAGAAAACAGACAGGUGAUCUGAAUGAUUUCUGGGAUGUUAUACAAUUAACGUAUGAAUCAAAAAUAACAUUGAAAAGUAAGGCAAUGAAUGUGAAAUACAAGAUGGAUUCUUGGAUAGAAGAAGAACAAUAUCCUGUUAUUAACGUGACUAUAAAUUACAAAUUGAAAUUUCUCCAAUUUAAAAUAGAAAGAGAUAGAAAGAAAUGGAAUAUACCUGUGACAUAUAUUAUAUCACAUUUUGAGAACAGGUUUAAUUACUCAUACUAUCAACCACAGUUUUGGCUAGACAAGCGAUCGGAUAUCAAAAGUUUAACUGAACUUAAUAAAGAUGAUUUGGAAACUAUGUGGAUAAUAGUCAAUCUACUACAGACUGGAUAUUACCGUGUAAAUUAUAAUAAAGAAAAUUGGUUAAGAAUCGCACGCUAUCUGAAGUCCGAGAACUAUACAAAAAUUCCUGUUCUCAAUCGUGCUCAAAUCAUCGAUGACGCGUUUCAUUUCGUGACAUCAGAUCAACUAGAAUCUUCUGUAUUUCGGGAACUUAUAAGCUAUCUGUCGCAGGAAACAGACUAUGUAGCAUGGUAUCCUAUGUUUAAAGCUAUUGAACGCAUGUCAUAUAUUAUACCAUUUCAUGGCUCUUUCGUAAACAUUAAUUUCAAGAAUAUACUGAAGUCACUACGUUCACUUCUUCAAAAAAUUGGAUACAGGGAAGAUCCUGACGAGAACGAUUUUACUAAAUGUUUAAGGCAAGAAGCUGCAAAAUGGGCAUGCCUUCUUGGCGACGACGAAUGCAAGAAGAAAGCUUUAGAUAACUUGAAAUGGCAUUUAGAAGAUCAGACAAAUUAUAAACUUUUACCAUGGUGGAGAAAAUGGACCUAUUGUAAUGGUUUGUCGAUAGCAGAUGGUGUUUUAGACCAUAAAUUUGACAAAAUUUUAAUCACCAAAGAUACCAAAUUACCAGAAUUUUUAUCUUGCUCUAAUAAAACUUCUAGCAUGAUAUCUUUCCUUAUCGGUGUAACAGAUACAAAAGAUCUAAAACAUCUAGAUUUUCUUAUUAGUAAUUCUAGAUUUUCAGAAUAUGCUUCACGAACGAAUUAUAUUAGAAAUCACAUUAGUAUAUUCUUUAAUUUUGUUCAGAGACAUGCAAAUGAUUCAAUUCACCUGAUAUUAACUAAUAUUGACUCCAUCAAACCCAGAAUAAUUGAUACACUUGUAGCAUUAGUUUGUAUCAUAAAUAACGUCUAUUCUGAUCAGUCCCUUGUUCAGAUAACAGAAUGGCUACAAAACGACUCUUCAUUAUAUUUGAUGGUUAAUUUUUUUAAUGAUAUUGAAGAGAAAAUAAACUUACGCUCGCUUGAAAUCAAGAAUCACAUAUCUUCUUACGCUAAUACAUAUGCAUAUAUAUAGAGUUUCUUUUUUUCUUAAUUUAAAUCAAUCAAAUAACAGAUAUCUACUGGUAUUAAUAGUAUUGUCUAAAAUUAUAAUUUUGCGCU